AUGGACGCUGCCGCAUUUGGCGAGCAACACAUUGCAAAGGGCAUCGGGCGUCUCACUAAGCAUGUGUUCGAAGAAGGCAAUGGGACGUGGAUCACAACGGACAAAGGCGUAAAGCUACUCGAUCUUACAGCUGGUAUUGGUGUUGUUAAUUUGGGCCAUUGUCAUCCUAAGGUCAGCGCCGCCGCUGCGAAACAAUGCGGCAAGAUCACACAUGCUCAAGUCAACAUUGGCUUCAGCUCGGCACAAAUCACUCUACUAAAGGAGUUGAUACCUAUCCUGCCGGACCCUUCACUUGACACCGUCUUCCUCUGGAACUCGGGAGCAGAAGCAGUUGAGGCAGCUGUAAAGCUGGCCCGUGCUGCCACUAAGAAACCCAACAUUAUCGUCAUGCAAGGCUCAUACCACGGCCGAACAAAUGCAACUUCCUCAAUGACGCGGUCUAAGACCAUUUACGGCGAGGGCCAUGGUCCAUUGAUGGGCGGUGUAUUUGCAACUGCCUUUCCAUACUACAGCCAGUUUGGCGGAGCCACACCGGGUACACCCACCGAGGAACUUGUGAAUCAGUCACUUCUGCAACUGAAGCUCACCUUGCAACAGCAGACGUCUCCCGCAGACACUGCGGCCAUAAUUCUAGAACCGGUGCUAGGUGAAGGAGGCUAUGUCCCUGCGCCUCCGGCAUUCAUGCACGGCUUGCGUAAAAUCUGCGACGAGCAUAAUAUUUUGCUUAUAGCAGACGAGGUCCAGUCCGGGAUGGGCCGCACAGGUCACAUGUGGUUUGUAGAAGAGUCUGGUGUGCGACCUGACAUUCUCAUAUUUGCCAAAGGCAUUGCCAACGGGUUUCCGCUGUCCGGUAUCGCCAGCAGCAAAGAGUUCAUGGAUCGACAAAAGCCUGGAUCCAUGGGUGGCACAUAUGCCGGUAAUGCGGUAGCAUGCGCGGCCGCAACAGCGACGAUCCAAGCCUUCAAAGAAGAACGCAUUCUCGACAAUGUUGCCGCUCGCUCCAAGCAGAUCUUUUCUUUCCUUAACAAUCUCAAAUCUUCUGGUACAAAAGCUGGCAAUCUAAUCGAAGACGUCCGUGGAAGCGGGUUGAUGGUUGGGGUGCAGUUCGCGAACCCGGCUCUUCAACGCGACUCGUCCAAUGUCGCCUCGAAAGACGCACAGAGUCAGCCGCAGCUAGCACCGAAGAUUGUCCAGGAAUGUGUGAAGCGCAACAUGCUUCUUCUGAGCACCUCCGUAUUCGAUGUCCUUCGAUUCAUCCCACCACUGACCAUAAGCGAGGAUGAAAUGACACAGGCCUGUAACAUCUUCAAGGAGUCGCUGGAAGCUGUUGCGAAAGAUCUAUAA